AUGUCUGUGCCACAUGCCAUAAACAUGCUACAUGUAAGCAAGUAGAAGGAAAGAAGAUGUGUAUUUGCAACUAUGGAUUUGUGGGCAAUGGCAGGACUCAGUGUAUUGAUAAGAAUGAGUGCCAGCUCGGAGACUCCGUGGUCUGCGGGAACCACACCUCUUGCCACAACACGCUCGGAGGCUUUUAUUGCGUCUGCCUAGAAGGCUAUCGAGCCACAAACCACAACAAGACCUUCAUUCCCAACGAUGGCACCUUCUGUGCAGACAUAGAUGAAUGUGAGGUUUCCGGCCGGUGCAGGCGUGGAGGACGGUGUGUGAACACUCAGGGCAGCUUUGAGUGCUACUGUAUGGCUGGAUAUUUGCCAGAGAACGGGCCUGAGCCUUUCCACCCCACCAGAGAUGCCACGUCAUGCACAGAAAUAGACUGUGGCACCCCUCCGGAGGUCCCAAAUGGUUAUAUCCUAGGAAAUUAUACCUCUAGGCUUGGCAGCCAGGUUCAUUAUGCUUGCAAAGAAGGAUUCUUCAGUGGGCCAGACAACAUAGUUUCAAGCUGCACAGCCCCAGGCACAUGGGAGCCUCCCAAAUUAAAAUGCCAAGAGAUCAGCUGUGGUCGCCCUCCAGCGGUGCAGCACGCCAUCCUCGUGGGGAACCCCAACUCCGUCCUGGGCAGCGAGGCUCACUAUGUCUGCCAAGAGGGCUUCGAGAGCCCUGGAGGAAGGAUCGCUUCUGUUUGCACAGAAAAAGGCACCUGGACAGACACCACUGUGGCUUGCACAGAAAUCAUUACGGAAAUUAAUAAUGCAUCCGUGUUUAAUAAUACCUGUGUGAGGUGGCAAAUAAAUGCAGGAAGAAUGAAUCCCAAGAUUGUGUAUGUGAUUAACAUAAAAGGACAAAGGUUGGACUCUGUGGAAUCAGAUCACACGGAGACUGUCACCUUCACCACAGACAGUGGGACCCCAGAAGUGUGCCUGGACCUCUAUCCAGGCACCAACUACACUGUGAACAUUUCCACCGCCCCUCCAAGACGCUCCACGCCAGCCACCAUUGGGUUCUGGACAGCUGUUAAACAGACCAUUGAUAACAUUUCAAUAUUUAAUGAAACCUGCUUGAAAUGGAGAAGUAUGAAGACAGCUGACACACAGGAGAUGUACUUAUUCCGCAUUCAGGGCCAGAGAUGGUAUCAGAAGGAAUUUGCCCAGGAAAUGAUCUUCAAUGUCACCACCAGCAGCCAGACUCCCGAGGUGUGCUUGGACCUGCGUCCGGGAACCAACUACAGCAUCAGCAUCCAGGCUUUGUCUUCUGAAUUUCCUGUGGUCAUCUCGCUGACAACCCAGAUAACAGAGCCUCCUCUUCCAGAAAUAGACUUUUCUACAAUGCAGGGAGGGAUUCUUCCACGCCUGAGACUGAAGAAAGCUAAGGAGGACAAUGGACCCAUCAGUUCGUAUCAGGUGUUGGUGCUGCCCCUGGCCCUCCAAAGCACAUUUUCUUGUGAAUCUGUAGAGGCUGCCUCAUUUUUUAGCAACACCUCUGAUGCUGAUGGGUAUGUGGCUGCAGAGCUACUGGGCAAACAUGUUACAGACGAUGCCUUGGAGAUCUCUAUUGGAGACAGGCUGUACUACGGGAAAUAUUAUAAUGCGCCCUUGAAAGCAAGCAGUGACUACUGCAUUGUAUUACGAAUCACCAGUGAAUGGAAUAAGGUGAGAAGAUGCUCCUGUGCGUUGUGGGCUCAGGUGAAAGGUUCCUCACUCACGCUGCAGCAGAUGGCAGGCGUUGGGCUGGGCUCUGUGGUGGCUGUGAUUAUCCUGGCAUUCCUCUCCUUCUUCGCUGUGUGAAUGCAGACACAGCUGUGUGGGAGGAGGUGCUGCUGCUGGGACACAUCCUGCCACAGCUUCUCAGGUGCCUGCAGACUCCAAGCAGAUGGCUCCCCUCAGGUGUGAAUGUGGAUCUACAACUUUCUCCUUUCCCAGCUUCCCCCCAUCCCUGGACUCAUGUCAGUGACUAUCUCUGUGGAACCCCCUAAAAGCAGAAAACAGGAAUCGCUGAUAUCUUCCCUGCUGCAGGAAAAGUUCUGCGUCUAGGAACUCAAGAGCCUUGACGGUCAGGCUGCAGACCAAGUGGGCUGGACCUGUGUCUUCCGCUGAGCGAACCUGGAAAUAGCUCCUUUAGACGUGAACGCAAGGGUCGGUACCUGCCUUCAUAGCAUCUCUGAUGAUUCAUUUAGAAUCUACUCUGUUACAAUAGGAAAUGAGAAGGACUUCACUUUGGGCGAGAGUUUGACUUUAUGAAGUAGGUGAUUGAAAAUGGUAAAGAGUGUUGGUCUAGGCAAACGUGUCAAAUUCUUUAGAAGCAGCCCCUUUCCUACAACUACGUGACAUCCCAGUGACGAUGUGUAUUAGCCUGUUAGCUGUGAUAUAGUUCUGAUUGCUUAGUCACUAAAAACCCUUCUGUAGUUUGGACUGUUCUUCUAUGUGACUGUCAUGGCAGCCUUGGUUAACUUUAUUUUAUUACUGAGCCUUCUCCUGAUAGUGCACCUGCCUCUCCGGAGGUUGGGAGCUGGUACAGUUUCUGCAGGGUGAGACCGUGUCAAGCUCAUGUCCAGAGUCCAGGUGUGUUCACCUGGGAGGAGGGAGCAGAGUGAUGUGAGCACUCCCUGCGUUGCACCCUCAGGAGCUGCGGGUGUCAGUCACUGUGUCACUAAGCACAACACAUGCCAUGGAAGUGGUCCUGGGCCAAUGUCCAUAUGCUGGAUUUCCAGAUCGAGUGUAUUAGAUUUGACUUUUAAAGCCUGAAACAAUAUUCUCUCUCCUCUCUAAUUGACAGUGCCACUGCAAAACUCAAUAAAAGUGGAAAGGAGAAGAAAGAUAGAGGCGUGUGACUUCUCUAGGUAACAGUGUUCUUCUCCCUUUCUCUCCCCCUUUUCUGAGCUGGAGAGUAGAGACAUGGGGGAGGAGAGAGGGGC